UCGAAAAUAUGAGAAAUCUUAGUAGUCCAAUAUAAAUGUAACAUACACCAAAAAUAUUCUGUUUUGACGUUUAUCAUUUCAUUUAUAAUUUUCUUGUUUGUUUAAAAUUUAAAGUUUGAUUUAUUGAUUUAUUUUUUGGUGGCUUGUGAUGGACGACAAUAAGAAGUUACCGCCUUCAAAGAGUAUGCUUUCAUGCUGCAAUUUUCAUUGGAGAGGAAAAAUUUCAAUUCUUGCACCCUUGAUAACUCUGCCGAUUUUAAUCCAUGGACUUCAGCAUAACCGAUCUGAGUUUAAAUGCAUUUAUUUAAUUGUCGUGAUGGCCAUAUAUUGGAUAACAGAAUGCCUACCUCUAUAUGUUACAUCUCUAUUUCCUAUAAUUUUUUUGCCUCUGUUUGGAAUCUUGUCAUCAGAAAGAACUUGCAGCUUGUUUUUCACAAAUACUUUGGUGAUGUUUAUAGGUGGACUGGUUUUGGCUCUGGCUAUAGAAUAUUCUAAUUUGCACAAACGUAUUGCUCUGGGUACCAUUUUAUUAGUUGGUUGCAGUCCUCGACGAUUGCACUUUGGCCUGAUUAUUGUCACUAGUUUUUUAUCUAUGUGGAUAUCCAAUUCAGCAUGUACGGCAAUGAUGUGUCCUAUUGUAAAAGCCAUUUUAAACGAAAUGGAAGCACAAAAGAUUUUUACAGUAUACAUGACACAAGAGGAGGAGCCAGUUGAGGAAGGCGAGCCUCGUCAUCCCUCCAAAAUCUCGAUGGCAUUUUAUUUUGGCACCGCAUAUGCUUCCUCAAUUGGCGGCGUUGGUACUCUGAUUGGGACGGGAACAAAUCUGACAUUUAAGGGCAUUUAUGAAACACGUUUCCCCGAUUCUAAAGAAGAAAUCGAUUUUCCGAUAUUCAUGGCUUAUGCGGUACCCAUUACAGUAGUUGUUAAUGUUUUGAUGCUUUACAUUUCCCUGCAAUUAACUCACAUGGCUCUAUUUCGGCCAAAUAGCAAGACCGGCCAGGAAGUCAAGGCUGCAACUGCAAAUAAGGACUUGCUCCACAGCGUAGUCAAAGAAAACUAUAAGGCGCUGGGAAAAAUGACGUGUCAUGAAGUUCAGGUCGCAUCCGUGUUCGCAUUAAUGGUUGUCCUGCUCUUCACUGUAAAGCCUGGUUUUAUGACUGGAUGGGGCGAGGCUCUUGAUCUUCAAGCCGUUGAGAGUUCGGCUAUCGUCUUUUUUUCUGUUGUGAUUUUGUUUGCCCUUCCCACUCAGUACACGUUCUUUAAGUAUUGUUGUGGUUCAGCUCCAUUCACUGGCCGUGCCAUGGAUGCCUGCCUCUCAUGGACGUUUAUUCACAAUAAUAUGCCUUGGGGACUCUGUUUCUUGAUUGGUGGUGGCUUUGCUCUUGCAGAAGGAAGUAAGGUCAGCGGCAUGGCCAAAAUGUUGGGCGAGUCUAUGUCAUUCAUUCAAGCGUUUCCAAGAGACGUGGUGAUAGGAGUGACAAUCGUAAUGGGAAUAGCUUGCACCGCUUUCAGCUCGAACGUAGCUGUGUGUAACAUACUCACACCUGUCUUCUGCGAAAUGGCAUUAGCCGUUAAGAUUCAUCCAUUGCUUCUGACUCUACCAGCAACGCUAGCCAUGAGCUUUGCCUAUCAUCUGCCGGUCAGCACACCUCCCAAUGCGAUUAUCAGUGGUUAUGGUAAUAUCAAAACAAAAUAUAUGGCAGUGGCUGGAAUAUUGCCCACUUUGUGGGGUAUUAUUCUGCCGUGGGUCAAUGCUGUGACUUGGGGUAUGGUUGUAUUUCCCGAAAGCAAAAGUUUUCCUGAUUGGGCAAAGGAUGCGUAAUUACAAUCAUUUUUUAAAAAUUAUGGGUUGGCCAGAAUUGAAUACAAUAUGACAUUAUAACUAAAAUCCGAGUUAAUCAAUUGUUAAGGGAAUCCAUUAGUCGAACACUAUACACUUGCUCAAUCGGAUGUUGUAUGCUCAUUUUAUGCUGCCUCUCUCGACAAUAAGCUUACUUUAAUAAGUUAUCGUCUUCUUUCUGCCACUUCGCUUGGAAUUAGUCUCGCUUGGCAGGAUCACAAUACAUAAUUUACGCACAAUUUGUGGCAAUCAAAAACUAUGAUAAACCUCAAGAAAGGAACUAAAAACACAGUCACAGCCGUCAGGCUGCUGCUUUGGCUCACAACAAAAACGGAUAAGUUUAAGUAAGUGUGGCUGUUGGAUGGGCGUCAUUGUAGGGGCGUUCAUGAGGGUAUAAACUCACUUAGGGGCAUUUUGAGCCAAAGGAAACAAAACUUUAUGCAAACACAGCAAAAAGCCGGCUGCCAGCAGCAUCUCAAUGCUGGGCACUUUGGCGACCGCACAACCUUCAGUCAUUCACUCAAAUACGUAAUAUAUGCGUGCUUUGUGGACGCUUACGAGUUGGUUAUAUGACGCUCUGGAGUUUAUUUUUAUGUUUCGUCUAGUUCUGAAUCUGAAAAUCCAUUUCCGUCUACGGGUAAAUGAUACCAAGUCCACAAAAGGCACAUAAAGCGUACCCAAAUCCCAUAUGCAGAGAAACACCCUGUAAUAUUCAUUUGGACAGUCGUACACACAAACACAUACAAACGUACUUGCAUGAACGCGAAACGCAAAGAAACUGAAAUGUAAUAAAAACACGUCUCGGGUAGUCUCAAAAAUACAAUAUAAAAAAUAAAGAAAAACAUGUAAGGCGCUGAUUACUCUGAAGCAGGCGACAUCAAUACUAGGAGUAUAUAAACGAGAGAGAGCGCGAAUGAUAACGUGAUAAAAAUAAAGGUAAAUGCAGAACGUUGCUAACAAGUGAUUAUUAUGACUUAUUUAAAGAACAAUGCGAAUAAUAUCGCAUCCAGUUAUUUACAGUGUCGUUUCUUUUUACAGUUCUGCAAAAGUGCGUUACGUACCACUGUAAUAAUUGUUAUCCGAAUAACCGUAUUUUCCUGCUGUCCUACCGCCGCCAGCCAUCUUGUAUGAUUGCUUUGUACCGUUGCUGCGUGUGGAUAAUUUGGCUUCCUGAUAAUCUUGUUGUUGCGCCAACACGAUAAAAUACUUAAGGUGGUUGUUAUUUAUGUAGCACUGUUCGUUUUCUUCGCCGUUUCGCAGUUCGCUGUAAAGUAUAAGACCAAAACAUACUUCUGUCAACAAACAAAAUUUAACAAUCUCUCACAAAAUGGGACUCACACAGUCUCACGAGCUGAAGAGUGUGUAACAUGUGUGUGCUUGUGUGUGUGUUUGUGUGCGAGUUCAAUUAGAAAACAUAAAAUCAUAACACAAAAUGUUAACGAACGACAAACAGCGAAAGGCGCAACGUCACGUUACGUAUACGCAACGGCAGCCGUGUUUUAAUUACACCAUACACUCAGCGUGUGUAUUACACACACACAAGCACACUCUCAAUCACACACUGAUUACAAGCUUGUCGUGUAAUUAUGCAUAUAAUUAAUAUGCAUGUACCUACUUAAUAUUAACAAAAUUGCUGGCACUUUGAGCGUAAAAUCAGCUGAGACGAGAACAGGACAUAAACAGAAAAUGGACCAGCUGCCUCAGCAGCCAUAGCAACAGCAACAACAACUACAACUACAACAAUAAAUUCUGUUCAAUUAGAGUAAUUAGUCAAACUCAAUUAUACGCACACAGAGCUAAAUCUUCCUGUUGCACUUUGAUGUAUUUAUAUUGAAUCGAGCGACAACAAAUUUUAAUAAAACUUUGUCCUCUAGCAACCAAACUGUGAAGGGGAUCGAAAAGCAGUUGACAGCAUUCUCGAGAAUUAUUGAGUGUCAAUAUAAUAACAUCACAACAUUCCGUUCGAAACAAUAAAAAAUUCCUUGCAAAAACCUCUUCAAAAAUGAAAAAACAAAAAAAAAUUUAAAA